CCUCUUCUUCUUCAUCAUCGCUCCCCGACGAGGCCGAUGCUGUGAAGCCGACGAAAUAAGAGCAAGAAACCCCAAAAUUCAAACCCUAAUUGGAAUCGGCGCAAACACGAAGAAGCCUUAGAAAUCGGAUGGUGCUGAAGGUCUGAUUGAUCUUGGCAGUGGGCAUGGCGCGGCUGCUUGGGCUGGGUCGCGCUUGGGGCUCUGACAGGCAGCCACGGGAGAUCGCGGCGAGGCCGGGGGGAACGCUGAGUUCCGCUGCCGGUGAGAAUGGGUGGCUGGUGCGGUUCUUUGAUUCGGCUUUCUUCUGUGAGUGGAUCGCCGUGAGCUAUCUCUACAAGCAUCCGCAUCCUGGUGUUCGUGACUAUCUAUGCAAUCGGAUGUAUGCCUUGCCACUAACAGGCAUCGAGGCUUAUCUUUUUCAGAUCUCGUACAUGCUUGUUCAUCUCCCCAGCCCCUCUCUGGACAAAUUUGUAAUAGAUACAUGCGCUAAAUCGCUGCGCAUCGCUUUGAAAGUUCACUGGUUUCUCAUGGCCGAGCUCGAGGACUCUGAUGAUUCCGAGGGCAUAUCGAGAAUUCAAGAGAAGUGCCAGAUCGCAGCCACUUUGAUGGGCGAGUGGCCGCCCCUCAUUCGUCCUGCGGCGAAUGAGAGCCCAACUCCGAAAAACCCUGUUCUCAAUCGCCUCCUGUCGUCGAAGCAGAGGUUGUUAUCGCUUACGUCGUCCCCUGAAGGAUCGCCUUCUGAUGAGAAUAGCAAGAUCUUGAAGAAGCUUGUCCCCGGGCCGAAGCUUCGGGAUACCUUGCUUUUUAGAAAGUCCAUGGAGAAGGAGAAGGAGGAGGAGGAGAGUGAUAAAGAUGGGUUUUUUAAGCGGUUUUUGAGGGACAGCAAGGAGAAGGAGGAGGAUGAUGGAGAUAAGGAAGGGUUUUUUAAGAGGUUUUUGAGGGAUAGCAAGGACAGGGAGGAUGAAGAUGGGGAUAAGGAUGGGUUCUUUAGGAGGCUUUUGAGUAAGGAGAAAGAAGGGGAGGAGGGAGAUAAAGAUGGGUUUUUUAGGAAAUUUCUAAAAGAUAGCAAGGACGAAGAGGAGGAACUUGCGGGUUCGAGCUCAGACGGGUUUUUUAAGAGGUUGUUCAGGGAUAAAGAGGAGAAGUUGGGUGGUGAGGAUGAUGAGAUUCAUGAGAAGGAAGGGUUUUUAAAGAGGAUCUUUAAGGAUAAGAAUGAGAUUCAGGAGGAGAAAUGCAACGGGAGUGUAGUGGAUGAGGAGAAGGAAGGCUUUUUUAAGAGGUUGUUUAAGGAUAAGAAUGAGGAGAAGAAGGAAGACGAAGUGGAGAGGGGUCGUGGGGGUCAUGAGGAUGAUGAGAAGGAUGGGUUUUUCCGCAGGAUUUUCAAGGACAAGAAUGAGGACAGGAGAGCUAGCGGACAUAGCAUGAAUGAGGAGGAUGAUAAGUGUGGUGGGAGUGUUGAAGAAAGUGAGAAGGAAGGCUUCUUUCGCCGGAUGUUCAAGGACAAGAAUGAUGAGAGGAAAGAUGGUGUUCAUGAUAGAAUUGAGGAGGAUGAUAAGCGCAAUGGGAGCAUUGAUGAAGCUGAGAAGGAUGGCUUUUUCAGGAGGAUUUUUAAGGAAAAACAUGAUGAGAAAAGGGAUGGGCGUGAUAAGAAUGAGGAGAGCAGUAGGUGCAAUGAAAGCUUGGAAGAGGAGGAGACUUCUGAAAUUUUAUCAUUCCGCAGGUUGUUCAGAGUACAUCCUGAGGAAGCAAAGACAGUGGUUAUAAAUGAAAAUGGCAUUAACAGUGGCACAAUUGAAAGCAGUCCAGGUACAGAGAACUUCUUUCGUAGGCUGUUUCGUGAUCGUGACCAGUCUAUAGAAGAUUCUGAAUUGUUUGGACUGAAGAAACAUAAAGAGAAGCGUCCUGGUUCGCCAAGAGAACGGAAUGAAAAAUCACAUGCAAAACCACCCUUGCCUACUAAUAUAAUUGCACAAAUUCGCAAAGGAACUUAUCAUGCUUCACUGGAGUUUGUCCAAACAUUAUGCGAUACCUCAUAUGGCUUGGUUGAUAUUUUUCCCAUUGAAGAUCGGAAAAGUGCUCUUCGAGAGUCCCUUGUGGAGAUGAACUCUCAUCUUGCAGAUGCUCAAAAUAACGGAGUUGUUUGCUUUCCUAUGGGAAAGGGGAUGUAUCGUGUGGUUCAUAUACCAGAAGAUGAAGCUGUUCUUUUGAAUUCUAGGGAGAAAGCUCCUUACUUGAUAUGUGUUGAAGUUUUGAAAGGUGAAGCCCCCAGUUCUACAAAAGAGCCAACAGAUGGUCAGAAACUCUCAAGAGCAGGGAUUCCUUUAGCAAAUGGAGAUGCACAGUUGCCAAAGCCACCUCCUUGGGCAUAUCCUCUCUGGAUCCAGCAAGAUAUGUAUCAGGAUACUACAAGUAGGAUGCUGCGUUCCACUUCAGAGGCUAUUGAUCGAGCGAUGGCUCAAUUAUGGGAGGCCAAAGUGAAAUUUGUUCAUGUUAAUUUCUCUAUUGAGAAAAAGUCAGUUGACCGCCCAAAAGGCUGGAAAGGGAACCCAAAUGUAAAUGGUGUGAAUUCAUUGAUGUCAAAUGCUGAUCAUGAUCCAGAAUGGGUUCAUGUCAGUUUGUCAGCUGUUCCUGGGGUCAACAUGGAAGAUGUAGAUGAACAAGAGCCACCUCGCCGGAAGGAUCAUCGCCGAGUUCCAAGCACAAUUGCAAUGGAGGAAGUAAAGGCUGCUGCAGCGAAAGGGCAAGCACCUCCUGGACUUCCUUUAAAGUUAGCUGGUCAGGAUUCAUCAGAUGUGAAGCCUAAGCUUAUGGAUGGUGGAAUUCCUAAACCUGGUGAUGCAUUAUCUGGUGAACUUUGGGAAGUUAAAAAGGAAAGGAUACGGAGGUCAUCUAUAUAUGGAAAAUUACCUGGUUGGGAUUUGCGUUCAAUAAUUGUGAAGAGCGGUGAUGAUUGUAGACAGGAACAUUUAGCAGUGCAGCUUGUUGCUCAUUUCUAUGAUAUAUACCAAGAAGCUGGCUUGCCACUAUGGUUGCGUCCUUAUGAAGUCCUUGUAACUUCUUCUUACACUGCACUUAUUGAAACAAUUCCUGACACGGCAUCUCUUCAUUCUUUAAAGAGUCGGUUUCCUAAUAUCUCAAGUUUGCGUGAAUUUUUUGUUGCAAAAUAUGAAGAAAACUCCCCAAAUUUUAAGCUUGCACAGAGAAAUUUUGUCGAGAGCAUGGCUGGAUAUUCCAUACUGUGCUACCUUUUACAGGUGAAGGAUCGACACAAUGGAAAUCUCUUACUGGAUGAGGAAGGACAUAUUAUACAUAUUGAUUUUGGUUUUAUGUUAUCUAAUUCUCCGGGGGGUGUAAAUUUUGAGAGUGCUCCAUUUAAGUUAACCCGAGAACUUCUUGAGGUAAUGGAUUCUGAUGCGGAGGGAACCCCAAGUGAAUUCUUCGAUUAUUUUAAGGUAUUAUGCAUACAAGGUUUUCUUACAUGCCGCAAGCAUGCAGAGCGCAUUAUUCUUCUUGUUGAAAUGUUGCAGGAUUCUGGUUUUCCUUGUUUCAAAGGUGGCCCUCGAACAAUCCAGAAUUUGAGGAAGCGAUUUCAUUUAAAUCUCACUGAAGAGCAAUGUGUGUCAUUGGUGCUUUCCUUGAUCAGUAGUAGCCUAGAUGCAUGGCGGACUCGACAAUAUGAUUAUUACCAGCGAGUACUGAAUGGCAUUUUAUAAGUUGGUAAUGCUUUGGUUUGCCCAUUCUCCUGAUUUGCUUUCAUGAUCAUGAAACAAGCAAAUCCAAUGAAAUCUGCUCAGUUGAUGUUUGGUUGUGAACCGAAUCAGCUGUAAUGACAUGAUAACUAAGCUCCUGUGCACUGGUGACCAUCUUGUGCCAUAGCCAUUGCAGGAGCUCUGAAUGACUGGGUACUGAAAUUUCGGGUGAUUUCAGUUGGAAGCUUAGAACAUUGAAUUUGCAGAUCUUGGUAUCUUUUUCCGUAUUUUGGAUCUCGAUACCCUGUUGUGGAUAUUAGUGUUCAGCAUAUAUACUAGAAGACUCGUAGAAACAUAUAGUGCCAGCAGCUGUAUUUAGGAGACUGUACAAAGAAAAGGUUAUGCUGCUUGUGGCUCGAGAUUGGAUGAAGAAACAACACGAUCAUUGAGAUUUAUACAUGCUGAUGGCAGCAUAGCCUUUUGAGACUCUAUAUCAAUUCUUGAUUCUUGGUUUCUAAUACAUGCAAUGCUGGUGCUGUUGUCCGUUUUCUCUGCUUAUUUUAACUCUGGUGUGCUUCAGUUUUGUUUGAAAAUCAUUUCAAGCAUCGGUUCCGGACGCAGCUUGAAAUCAAUUUACGAUUGUUGUGUAAAAGUAUCGACAGUUCAUUUUUUGUUGUACAAGAAUAUCCAUUCUCAGUUACAAGUGUUCUGCAUUUGUUUCCAAUGUCAAUGCCUUUGGCAGCUCUAAUUCAAGUUGUUCAAAUGCAUUGUGUGUUACAAUUAA